CCCUAUAAAUGAAACAUUAUCGUGUAAGUCAAAUCAUGUCCCACUACAAUCUCAGCAGAUUCAGCAAAUUAUUUCAAUUACGAUUCUCUUUCAAAACAUAACACAAUACCAUAGAAAUACGCUCCUAAAUUAACCCUAUCUAGUGCAAACAAGACACCACAGCUAUCACAGAAAUUUCAAAUUUGCUCACGUCGCACAUUUUCAACAUCACAUGCAUGCACCAUUGUUGCAAAUCUACACUUCAUUCAUUUCAGCUACCUUCAGUUUAUGAACACUGCCUCCCGAAAAUAUCUCACAUUCCACAGACUAGACGCAGUGUUUUCUUACUGAUAACCCACUUUGCAACGCGUUAGUUUUGUGUGAAGUAAAUUAUACUAACGAGCUGUCUCAUUUUCUUUGCAGGCCGGCCUCCACCUCUCUUUUUUUGGGAGUGGAACUUCGUUUUAAUCAACUUUUGCUUAUGUCAUUUCAGAUGCCACGAAAACGAUGAAUUUCACACUUGCAGUUGGCUGUCUCAAUUUAAAUUUUAAAUAACUUUCAUAUUGCUAAAAAUCAAUCUAUUAAAUGGUUUUCUCUGUUAUCUAUUUUUUUCUUAUUCUACAUAUUAGUUUCCAAGUGCCCCUCCCAUUUCCUCCAGACCUUACCACUGCUAGACAACCGCGGUAACCAAAGCCUUCCAGAGUACGGUCCCUUAUCCUGGUGGUGAAACAACGGCCAAGGGACUCGUGCGCAGGACUUCAAUCAUCCCAAUUACUCCGGGAGGACGGUCAGCGUAAUAUGACAGAAGGUGCUGCGGCUACAGCAAUUGAAUGUCUAGAUAAUACGCUGGAUGUUGUUGACCAGGCAGUGGAAGAACAGCAGCAGCAUCACGAGCAAGAGGGCACUACCAUAUUAGAGCUAAAUUUAUUGAAGGGUCACGAAAGUGGUGAAGAGCAACAGGUGGUCAGGAUGACGCAGAACAAGGUUGCGAAAAAGGAUGAUCUACCGGAGCGCGGGACCUGGGGGUCCAAGCUGGAUUUCAUUCUGUCCGUCGUGGGGUUGGCCAUCGGGUUGGGCAAUGUGUGGCGUUUUCCUUACCUCUGCUACAAAAACGGUGGCGGAGCUUUCCUCAUUCCGUACUUUCUAACACUAUUCCUAGCCGGUAUUCCCAUGUUCUUCAUGGAACUGGCGCUUGGACAGAUGUUGACCAUCGGUGGUUUGGGUGUGUUCAAAAUAGCUCCUAUAUUCAAAGGUAUCGGAUACGCGGCAGCCGUAAUGUCCUGCUGGAUGAAUGUGUAUUACAUAGUAAUUCUGGCGUGGGCUAUAUUCUACUUCUUUAUGUCCUUACGGGCAGAUGUCCCAUGGCGUACUUGUGAUAACCUAUGGAAUUCACCAAACUGUGUUAAUCCAUACGACCGAAAGGAUCUCCUCUGCUGGGAAUCGCUUGGAGUCAACAGUACAGUUACCAAAAUUUGUUCUCUGAACUCGAACAACGUAUCAGUGAACGAUAUGACAGACCCAGUCAAGGAAUUCUGGGAGCGACGCGCGUUGAUGAUCUCCAGUGGUAUCGAUGAGGUUGGAACGAUCCGUUGGGAGUUGGCCGGAACUCUUCUGCUGGUGUGGAUUCUGUGCUACUUCUGCAUCUGGAAGGGAGUCAAAUGGACCGGUAAGGUCGUGUACUUCACUGCCUUGUUCCCGUACUUCCUGCUGACUAUCCUGUUGAUCCGUGGCAUUACUCUACCGGGAGCGUUCGAGGGUAUCAAAUUCUACGUGAGCCCGAAUUUGUCCAAGCUUGGUGAAUCUGAGGUGUGGAUUGAUGCCGUAACGCAAAUUUUCUUCUCGUACGGUCUCGGUCUGGGAACGCUGGUUGCUCUGGGCAGCUACAACAAGUUCAACAACAACGUAUACAAAGACGCCCUGAUCGUGUGUACGGUCAACUCCAGCACUAGUAUGUUUGCAGGAUUCGUAAUCUUCUCGGUCGUUGGUUUCAUGGCCCACGAGCAGGAACGUCCUGUGGCAGAAGUGGCUGCGUCCGGGCCAGGUCUUGCCUUCUUGGCGUAUCCUUCGGCAGUGCUGCAGCUUCCGGGUGCUCCCUUAUGGUCGUGCUUGUUCUUCUUUAUGCUGUUACUCAUUGGUCUGGACUCGCAGUUCUGUACCAUGGAAGGCUUCAUUACGGCCGUUAUCGAUGAGUGGCCACAUCUCCUGCGCAAGCGCAAGGAGUUGUUCAUCGCUUUCGUGUGCUUCAUCAGUUAUUUGGUUGGCUUGACGUGUAUUACGGAGGGUGGCAUGUACGUGUUCCAAAUUCUGGACUCAUACGCAGUGAGUGGUUUCUGUCUGCUGUUCCUGAUGUUCUUCGAGUGUAUUUCGAUAUCGUGGGCGUUCGGAGUGAAUCGUUUCUACGACGGUAUUAAGGACAUGAUCGGCUAUUACCCGUUGGCGUGGUGGAAGUUCUGCUGGGUUAUCACGACUCCGACGAUCUGUGUUGUGAGUAUAUGGGAGCCUGGUUAGGGCCAGGUACCCGAGCAAAAGGGUGGAACAGGUAAUUUGUUUCCAGAAACUGAUUAGAAAAAGUAGGCGAGAUGAUAGGAUGGGUGAGAAACGAGUGCAAGUAGUUUCAGGCUUCGAGGGAUUUUGAAGACAUCAUUGGAUUAACGGACAAUGAAUGGUGUUGAAAAGGUAAAUGAGCAUUAGAUGAGUUCUUUUAGGUUUCAUUUCAGAUGAUGAUAAUAUCAGUGCCUUGAAGAUAAACAACAUGUUCAGGAGUGGUUCCAUCGGACUAAAUGGAUUACAUAAAUUUGAAAUAUUUCAGAGUUUCACCUGGAGCUUCGAAUUGUACUUUGUAAAAUUUUAUAGUAAUAAACGAUUAUAAAGAUUGAAUAAA